UCAGAGGUCAACCACGUGUUGGUGUGCAUGGAACAAGAGGUUGCCAUGAACGAUCCCUCCAUGAAAAAUAACCUGCCAGUAUAUAUGAGCAUCUCAUUGUUAGAAUGUAGCAAUCUACAUCAGUAAAACAUGCCGUUAGAAAAGCUUUCUUUCGCAGAAGCAAAAGAAAGGGCUAAUCAAAGGAUAGCAGAAUGGGUAUCAGAGACUAAGGCCGCAGGAAUUGUUCGUCUGCAGGACAGAUACGGGGACGUUUUCAAGAAGAUAGACUGGCGUGCCGACCAUAACCAAACACCUAAAAAUGGGACCAGGCUUAAACCCAUGCCAGGGCAAGCAAAUCAUGCAACUACCGACACAAGUUUCAAGAUAAAAGAAUUGGGUGAUUCUACAUCUGAACUCCCUCCCAGCAGAAUGGGUAGACGCUCUCAAAAUCAGAGUCGGUGUAGAACGAGGAGUCGCCAAACACCUGAAAGGUGUCAGAGUAGCCGUGUAACGUCUGACAAACGAUCUGAAUCAAGGAAGCGGUACCGAGACAGUGCUUCGCUCAUUUAUGGCGACAACAGAAACAACAGGAGUUCAGCACUAGCCAGUGUGUGUAGUGAUGCCAUGUCACUAAUACAGGAUGGCCUAGCAAGUGAAUGGUGUGAUAAGGAAACGAAAAUCAACACGGUAAUGAAUGAAAAGUUAAAAGCAGAGGUGAACUUUCUGAAUAUGAAACGCCCUACCAUGGAUAGGAAGACUUACAACUGGAAAAGCUAUAUACCUGUACCUGUACGAAAAGGCAUACAGUAUCCAACAACUCCCAGGAAAAAAACACAAACGAAGAAAGAUGAUUCAAAACGAUUAAGUAUUUUCCCAGCAAAUUUUAAAAAAAGAAGAAGAACGAUAAGGAAUUGGGAAAAAGAGUUUUCAUGCUAUGUAGAGGAUGGUGAUGGGCUUACAUCUGCUGAUACAAGCAGUGGAACAUCGGUUAUGGCAGGAAUAGAGUCUGUUCAAAAUGCAUCCCUGAGAAUAUCAAGCACGCCUACUAAAACCAUGACAUCUAGACUUCUGCCAUCGCCAUGUCCUGUCAUAAGAAACAGUGCCAGGCCAAUUACACGUGUUUCAAGUCGCAGAUUUGACAAGUCAAGAACUGGUGCAGCUCUCACAGUGAUGUCUGGUCUCAGCCGUGCGAAAUCCUGUCUGUCCAAAAGACAUUUACGAACAAUAUCUGCAUUCAAGAGAUCACCGAACACCAGUGAUAGUAGUAAACAUUCAACACCAGACAGUAAGAACAAGAGCAAUUUAAAAGGGAGAAUAGCCUUGCGACGUUUCCGGAUCUUGGUACGAAUGAUCAUGUGUGUUAUGCUGAUUCUGAGGACUACUGUGAAGACAGUAAAGAAAAACAUGCACAGUGAUGUCAAACAGAAGAAAAGGGAGUCUAGUUCGAUCAUGGCCUUUGACCCUUCCUAUUACAGUUCUGCUACCACUACCUAUGGUCACUUGUCCGAGCAUUCUAGGAUCGCCCUCCAGAAAGUACCACAGAUACGGUCAGAUGCAGAUAUUAGAGUGCUAACGGAGGUUAUGUGUCGCCUACCCCUCUUUGCUAAGUACUCACGCAAAGUGAAGGAGGAACUGGCCAGAUUUGUGUGGUAUGACUUCUAUGAGGCUGGUCGUAUUGUCAUCCGACAGGGUGACAUGGGCGGUAGGAUGUAUUUCCUGGUGUCUGGGACUGUGUCUAUCCAUCGCACAGAGGAGGAUUCUACGACUGGUGCAAAAGUGAUACAACACUUACGAGAUAUAGAGAUGGGUGCUACGUUCGGAGAACUGGCCCUGAUCCGUAACAUCUCUAGGACUUAUACCGCUGUCUGUAAAGUGGACUCGGAAUUCCUGAGUGUUGACAAGGUCCAGUUUAACAGGGUGCUGCGACAAAACUGGGAGGAGAGCUGGCAGAACACAUACAACUUUAUGACAUCCUCACCAUAUUUCAAGGAUUGGACCAAAGAUCAGCUGCGUCAGACGGCCGAUGUCGCUCUAAACAAAGAGUUCAGCAAUAAUUCGGUUGUAUUUGGUAAUGAACACCAACUUACAAACUGGGUCUACUUCAUCUUGAAAGGAAAGUGUCAGUUGGUUCAGAAACUCAGUCUGGUUCGUAGUAAAUCUCCGUACCAAAGGUCAUUUCUCACGGUUCCCGGUACACAGAAGGCAGAGGAAACUCUAAAGACCUUCUUGGACAAACCAUAUGGAAAGACCCGGCGUCAGCUAGCACUGGACACACACUACCUCACAGUCACAACACUACAGAAAGGCGAUUACUUUGGUGUCGGUGAAGACAUGCGUAACUGUUACAUUGUGACCACCACAAAGUCAGAUAUCUUGAUGGUAAAUGCAGCAAGCUACAGUAUCCAUUCCAAACGGGAGGAGUUGGUCAGACUCAAAGAAAAACGUGAUGAACUUCUGCCAACGCUCAAGGAACUGCAUCGACAAUUUGAGGUAAAUCGACGAUGGUGGGAAUACAAGCGAGAUGUUGUAGCUGAAGUUGUUCAGAGAAGAACUAUACCCAACACAACGAGCGUUGAAGACAUUCCUAGGACCAUUAGGGAGAGCGAGGGUAUUCCAUCAAGUUUAAGUCGGGAUGUCAAGUAGAGUUGUAGAACUGCGAGAGGAUUCAGAUCAGAGAGGAUUCAAGAUGAAUGAUGUCUACACUCCUCUUAAAAGUGUGGUUUUGUAAAUAAAAGUGAUGUUUCUGAGAGUUAAUUCAAUAGAACUAAUUGUAUAAGUAUAUUAAAAAAAACAAGGAAAUAAUCA